UUUUUGUUGUGAUGCGUUCGGUAUUUUUAUUUUUGAAUUAGAAAGACAUGUGCUUAUUGGUCAAAUCGACAAGUGUUACAAGUCAGGACGAGCACGGAUAGUCCCAUUUCCUUCGCGUUAUUUUCGUUUUAUCAAAGUAACAUUCGAUACCCUCUAGUAUGUUGAACCUGACAGGGUUAGUAUCCGCAUGUGAAGUUAUUACAGCAUAGUAGAGGUUGGUAAAUGGAAAUUGUAUAUAAGCCAACGUUUUCAACAUAUUUGGGGACUAAUGCGGAAACUGGAAACAAUUGCUGAUUGACAUUAUGUUGAUAUGGAUAUUACCUCGUUAAAAGCUAUAUGAUGUGAAUUUGUGUCGCGGGCAUUGACGAUAAACAGUGAAGUACAAGAUGGCGUCAAUCCCUUCCCUAUGUAAUAGCUUAUGUGUUUGAAGGUCGUACACGAUGUAAACUGAUUGGUGGCAACAAAGCUAACGCUGGUUACAGAUGAAAGCAAGCACGUGACCUUCUGGACGUGCUGUCACGCCGCUUCCUAUGACGAUGAAGGAGGCUGUCAGAGAGAACAUACGUUUUAGUGUUUAUCCCAUAACAAGACUGGUGUUUGUGACAAGAUUGUUGGCGUUGUUGCUUUCACCAUCUACAAUGGUGCUCGGUGCGCCCUCUACCGACGGAUUGGGGUCGUCAACCAAAUAUCGAUUCACUUAUAACACCACCGAUAUUUUUGUGGACAGGGUUUGCAGGCGUGUGCCUGUGCUUUUGGACCCAAGUGCGGAACCUCUAUGCCGAAUAGUUGACAUGAACUGUAUAGUAGAAGAUCCGUGCAAACAUCCGGACCCUGUGGAAAGACUGUUAAGCAUUGCACCCUGUCCGCCCGUCUGGGAACCUUCCCUGGUUUGUUCGAAAGAUAUUGGAUCGAACUUGGAAUGCAAAGAGAAGCUUUCAAUACUUCAGAAGUGUUUUCUUUCUCCUAAUAGGCCGCUUUAUAAUUUGACGACAAGACAAGAAAGCUGUAAAUUGAAAAGCGCAUGUGGUCUGUGGUUUAAAAGAUGUUCUGAGGAAUUUUCGAGGCUUACUGAUGUUUUUGUCAACUGUUCUACAACAGACGACGUUACAAAAAGUAUCCAUCUUCCUGGAAACAUGCCUAGCACGACUGACCUGAACGACAUGGACAACGCGACUCACCCAACGUACCAUACGGUCCGCACCGCCAACAUGGUGCCGGGUCGGGAAGAGAAGACGAAUAAAAUGAACAUCAUCCCGAUUGUUGUUGGGAUUCUGGUACCACUGUCAUCUAUGUGCUUGGUAUUUCUCAUCUGUAGAACAAAAUUGGGAAGUGGAAAGUGUGCAAGAAGAUAUGACCUUGUCAAAACGGAAGAUGAAGAUAGAUGUACAGGAUAUCCGGGCGAUAUAAUGGGCACAUCGCAAGGUCAAGGUCAAGCCGAGUACCAAAAUGAAAAUAGAACGUCAGAACAUAGUGUUGUAUCGAUUCAAAAGAUUGACAACCAUGGAAGGUCCGACUUACAAACUGAAAAACAAGACGAGUUGUUGAUCCGUUGGAACAGCAAGGUAUCGGACACUUCAGAUCCUCCACAACGAAUAAGUGAUCACAAUAUCACUUCCCCGGACGUUUCGGGGUCAACCGUCAGUGUUUUAGAAAAUAACGAGACAGAUUGUUUCCCUGACAUCCUAAGUAUUGAUGAUGACGAAAAAGACAAACUUCUGCCAUUUGAUAAUGAUCCUGCAAAAAUAAAUUCAGAAACACCAGGGACACUCGCCUUCCCUCAGAAGAGUAACGAAUCAACAUCCAAAAGUGAGUCUGAAAAAGAUACUCAUAACCCUGGUGAUGACUUGGAAAAAGUGACAGAAAAUCUGUCGCUAACGUCUUUGGAGACUUCAGAGUCAAAUAGAAAAGAAAAUGGCGGACUGGAAUUAACAGAUAAUACUGAAGAAAGUACUCGGUGCCCUAUUGAUGACUUGGAAAAAAUCGUAGUGCCAGAAAAUCUGUUGCUGACGUCUCUAGAGAUUUCAGAAUCAAAUGAAGAAGAAAAUAGCGGACCGGAAUUAAGAAAUAGUAUUGAAGAAAGUACUCGGUGCCCUGUUAAUGACUCGGAAAAAAUCAUGAUGCCAGAAGGUUAUCCGCAGACGUCUCUGGAGACCUCAGGGUCAAAUAUAGAAGAAAAUGGCGGCCCGCAAUUUAGAGAUAGUAUUGAAGAAAGUUCUCAGUGCAAUGUUGAUGACCCGGAAAUGGAAAACGGUCACCCACAGACGUCUAUGGAGACUUCAGAGUCAAAUGUAGAAGUAAAUGGCAGUCCGCUAUUUAGAGAUAGUAUUGAAGAAAGUACUCGGUGCCCAGUUGAUGACCCUGAAGUGGCAGAAAAUCUCUCGCAGACGUCUCUGGAAACUUCAGAGUCAAAUGUAGAAGAAAAUAGCGGUCCGCAAUUAAGAAAUAGUAUUGAAGAAAGUACUCAGUGCCUUGUUGAUGACCCGGAAAUGACAGAAGGUCACACGCUGACGUCUCCGGAGACUUCAGAGUCAAAUGUAUAAAAAUGGCGUACUUGAAUUUGGGAGCCUGAAGUUGGUUCCGAGUCCCGUUUAUCUUAAUCGGAACUGGGAACUACAUACAUUAUUUUUCAUAAACGGAACUGGAAACUUCCCAAGAAGUUACAACGCAUACUUUCUACAACAACGAAAACUGCGUUGUAAUUUUUUCUCUCGGAUGUUCAACGCGACAAUUUCUCGUAGAUUUACAACACCAGGAAACUAGUCGCGUUAUCACCCCUUUUCCCAGAAGUUACAACACAUGUAAGAUUUUCUUAACGAACUGGAACUGGGAACUGGGACCAAGUCUCGUAAAGCUUAUACAUGCUACUGCCGUUUUUCUUAACGGAACUGGUUCCUAGUUCCGUUUUUUCUUUAACGGAAGUGGGAACUAGUUCCUAAUUCCGUUUAUCUUAAACGGAACUCGGAACUGAUUCCUAGGUCGUGUUUCUGUAAAGUUUAUACAUGCUAGUUCCGUUUAUCUUAUACUCGGAACUGGUUCCUAGAUCCGUUUUACUCAAAUGAAACUCGGAACCAACUUGAGGCUCCCCUUGAAUUUAGAGAUAAAUCUCGAGACAAUACUCAGUGCCUUGUUGAUAACUAGAAAUCAAACGCAAUACUAGAAAUCACGCCCUUACGUCCUCAAAGACUUCAUAUUCAUAUAUAAGAACUGAUGCAGAUAAAAGCUAGGAGAUUUUCUGACGAAAAAAUACAAUAGUCUAAAAUGGUCGAUAUAAAUACUCAUCAUCGCUCAGAAGUGAUGAAAAUGCCAAUGAUCGAUGAAGACAGGCAGCUUCAUAGAUGAUAAUUACAGCUAAUGUAGAUCUUAACCUAUAGCGUGUUCAACAGGCACAUCAUAACAUUAAGCUGUAUGAUAAGGUAAUUAUUUCAGUUUGUGUUAUAUGUAUGUUUUUCCAUUUCUGGAUAGUAACGUCCCUACUUUACAUACAGUAUUUACAUUGUUAUAUCCACGAUUGACGUCGACUUCCUGUUUUUAGUGAUGCAGACUAAUGAAGACGUUUUAUAGUACUCGUCAUAAUGUCCUUGGUAAACACUUCUUUUAAGAUUGGUGUAUCGAUAUGGAUGACCGAAAACCGAAGUACAUGGAAUCGACACGCGAGGCUAAUUUAUUGUCCUAUUAAAUCAUCACACCUGUUAAAAUGAAAACGAUAAUUCUAGAACAGUUACGCGGUUACAUGUAUAUUGAUAGGGAAAUUACAUAACCAGAUUAAACAAAGUUCGCAGCUAUAGUGGAUCGUUACAUACCAAGUUGUAGGUUAUAUAAUUCUCUGACAAAUGCUGUCAUAUGAAACUUGUAAAUAUAGUAACGAAAUACUUCCCGGGCUUAAACUUGACAAAGAAUGUGACGUUAUCAAUAUAACCACCCGUGGUGGGAUUUACUUAUCCGGGUGAUUUAUCAAACACACUGAGAGUUGUGUUUGAUGUUUACCGAUAAUCAAUCUCGUAUUGUUAGAAUACUCAAUACCUAUGUCAAAAUUACCUUUGUUGUUUAUUAAUGAGUUUUCAUUGUUUUACUUUUGUGGACGUUUGUUAAAUACUGAAGCUAUAACGUGGGAUAUUUUCAAAACGUCAGGCAGACAGUCAUGGACGUUCACGUCAUGUGUUUGAACAAACUCUGCAUAAGACUUCAAUUUCUCCAUUUAUACGUAUACAUUAAUUGAAUAUCUUAUCUCAGUAAGAAUGUAGAAAGCAUGAAGCAAUAACACGGAUGUAGAAAACAUUAAUGAUCAUGAUAUCGUGCAAUAUACAAAUAUACUCAAUUUUAUUUACAUGGACACAUGAAACAUAUAGUACAGCAAAAGUUUCGUAGACAUUAAUCAGUGUACUCUAAUACUCAAAUUAAACCCCAUAUUGAAAUCAGUUUUCAAACUAAAUGAUGUUCAUUGCCGUAUGUUUUAUAUUAUUUGUUAAAAUAAAAUUUUCCUUUUGAUUUUA